AUGCCUUCUCACCUUCAGUCAACCUCCCCGCCUCCUCGGAGACGGAGGGCUUUAGAAGAGCGCAGUUCUGCUCAUACCAACGAAAGAUCGCCCACUCGAUCCCUGCAUAGGGUUCGGACUCAAGAAGAUGUGAACGAAAUGUAUAUGGCGACACCGUUUCCGACAAAACCAGAGCAGAUUUUACUACCAAUUCCUGGCAAAGGCCAGCAGCAGUACAUUGCAGACACUGGCCUGAGGUAUGCCCAUGCUGGCCCUUCAUCAUCGACCUGGUCGCCGACUUUCAGCCAUGGCACGGAAAGCAGCGUGCGGGAGCAGUCCGUUGGCGAGUGGGAUACAUCAACGGUGGACCCAGGCAACUCGCCGCCGGAGAUGUGGGAUGAAGACCCAACAUCUAGCAAGUCUUCCUUACCGGACUUCCCAUCAGCCAAGCCGGACGACUUCAAUUCAGAUGGAUCGGAGGCCGAAUUCUCAGAUGACGAUUUGAUUGUGCUGCCAACCGCGACGCCAACUAUUAAAGCGGUUGUAUCAGAACCACCUACGUCUCCAAAGUCCGAGCCGGAGGAUGUAUCAACAUUGGGGUACUCAAGUCCCAACAUCCAGCCCAUUGGAGCUCCAUCCAGCCCUAACUUCGUCACCCUGGAUAAUUCAAGUGUCAACUUCCUCCCUCGAGGCCCUGGUUCCAACCCAGAUUCUGAUCCACGAACUGACUCGCUCUCCUCAUGGAACUCUCGAGGAACCGCGGUGAGACAUGCUGGUGCAGCGCAAUGGAUCUUCGCAGCUUCGUCAGAACGACCCAGCGUCUCCCGUUCACCGUCAUUUCACUCCAGUCCUCCGACGCAAUCGGUGGCAUCGUUCCGCACAGCAUCACGGCGACUCUCAGAAAGCCGAUCGCGGUCUGCGACAUCGUCCUCGCGCAGUCUCCGCUCGGUGUCAGACAUCCAGACCGCUAUGGAUAGUGGUGUUCCGAUUCAAUAUCCCAGGAUCCGUGGUCCAUCAUCAAGCUCUCGAGCAGAGACUUCGGACUCUUCAGACCGCGACUUCACCCCUGGUCCCGCUUCCGGCCGCUGGAAUCCUCAUCUGUCCCGAGUAUCGUCGGUCUGGUCUGCAGAGGAAUUUGCGGACCAACCCGUUGAGGCAGACAUUUCGAGCACGGAUUCGGAGCCAGCGAUCGUGUCAUCUGCGAUCCCGUCAUCCUUGGCACUGAAUUCGAAGACCAGCAAAUCCACUGUCUGGUUGGUGAACGACGCAGAUGAUGACGAGCACUUGGACAGCCUGACAAACCUCCCGACUCGCCAUGGCUUCCCGCAUAGCUUGUCUUCAGGCUCCAAGCGCAGCAACAGCUUGCGAAGUAACAGCCUGCGAAGCAACAGCCUGCGUAGCCUCAAGCGCCCGGGCACUGGCUCCAGUACUUUGAUGCACAUUCUCCCAACAUGGGCGAAGAUAUACUACCGGGCAGAUGCCCUCGGAAUGCACCCGACUUUGUCAAUGAUGGACCCCAGCCGGCCAUCCUCCGGUCGUCCGGGAACCAGCAACUCCAGUGUCUUUAACCUCGUGCCCAAUCCGCUCAAUGUCCCUCGCCCUCGUUCUCCAGACCGUCAUCGCUCGCCUGAACGGCCUGAACGAGUGCACUUUGCUCAGCGACGCAUUGACAGUGACCCCCGAGACCCACGCGCCCACUGGGUCGCAUCCCCAGAACCUGAGGAUGGAGAAGUGGUUGGACCACAUCGUCACCGAUUACGACACAGCUGGUCGCCGCAUCUCUUCACUGAUCGACGUAACAUUCAGCACUCGGCCAGCGCCUGGACAACUCCUUCAUUCGACUCCACGACUGAACCCAUCUUUGGUCGGAGGAAUAUCCAAGUCUACUCAUUCUGCGUGGGAUUUAUCUUUCCCCUCGCCUGGAUCAUUGCCGCUUUUCUUCCUUUGCCGCCUAAGCCAAAGAUGGCACCCGAAAUGGUUGAGUCUGACGAUGAUGUGGAAAUGGCUCUUGAGUCUCAGUUGAUGGGCCUCCAACAAAGACGGUAUAAUAACACACGUUGGUGGCGAAAUCUCAACCGGUGGAUGAUUUCUCUUGGAGUUGUGAUCAUCGUUAUUGUCAUCACGCUUGCUGCUAUUGGUAAAACCACUGGCUUCUAA